UGAACACAGCGUCUUCUUAAACAUGAUGUAAACACACUAACUAGUGGAAGUGUUUGUGGGCAGGUUUAUUCUGCGAGAACAACCGGCUGAUUGUACAUUAUCCCUUACAUAAAGCACAUAAUCUGUAUUUGAGAUUAUUUGUUUCAGCAGUGACAUCGCGGAAAUAGAAACCGUUUCUAAAAUAGAAAUUUUGUGUGUCGCCAUCGUGGCUAAUUGGGACAAACCUCUGAUAAACAUGGAAAAGAUACCUUAUCACGGCAUCACGGUGAGUUAGGACACAUUGUUAGACUGAGAACAAACUACAUUUAUUCAGGAUAAAUAGAUGAAAAAUGACGUGAAUUUCAUAAAUUCAGUGAUAGACUACUGAAUCUUUUGUCUGCUUAAAAGUCCCGUUUUGCGUAAUUGUUUAUAUUCUGACAUAAAAACUAAACAAAAGCAAUACUCACUUAUUGUAGCUAGAUAAACCAACAGAUUCCACUCAGAGUCAGACUGACCGAUGAAAUUUAAAGGCUGAGAUUCGCGCUUUAAGACGUGACGUAUUGACUAGUACAGUGGUUAUCCAGGCAACUGAAAACAUCUUAAAUCCUACGGGUGGAUUUGUAUGAAAACCAAGUUUGUGUGUGUGUUAAUGCGAUAAAGGUCAUUAAAUGGAUUUAAAAACAUGUUAAAGUGUUUGCUCACUCAGCAGGGAUAAAUUCGAAACCAAGAUUAUGGGCGGAGCUGCUGUAUGAUAUCACUGCAGGUUAGUGAAAUAAAUAAGUGAAUGUGAAACUAAAUUAAACAGAUGAGCUGGAAGUUUUAAAAAAACAUCAACCUCUUUAUUCCAACACUGAAACUACUGAUCACAUCUGAUAUUCAUCUAUAGUCAUGGCAACCUCUAGUGGUCCAUUAAAUGAGGAGCUCCAGUGCUCCAUCUGUCUGGAUGUGUUCACUGAUCCAGUCACCAUUCCAUGUGGACACAACUUCUGCAGAACCUGCCUGAACAAAUUCUGGACAAGCACACAGACCUGCUUCUGUCCACUCUGUAAAGAAACAUUCAGCAAAAGACCUGAUCUCAUGAUUAAUACAAACAGCGGUGUCAUUAUGGGGGGGGAGGUUAGGAUGAUUAAAAGAGCCCUGGUCAGAGAGGUGGAUCCCGGAAUACAACCUCUACUGAGGGAGACAAACCAACCCACGCUCCUCCGAACGGGAUCUCUACUGAGGGGGACAAACAACCCCCCGGUCCCGCUCCCCCGAACCCGAUCUCUAAGGGGGAGAAAUCAACUCCGGCUCCCCCGAAUGCAAUCUCUACCGAGGGCCCAAGUCAAUGUGCUACUCAGGGGGCCCAGAAACCAUAGUGGCACCCCUGAAUACAAUGCUGAGAGUUUUGCGCAACACUUUAAGGAGAAGCUCAAUCUGGGAUCUGAGGUGUUCUGUGACUUCUGUGUUGAAAGAAAGCAAAAAGCCAUGAAGUCCUGCCUGACGUGUCAAAGCUCUUACUGUGAGACUCACCUGGAGCCUCAUCACAGAGUCCCACGUCUAAAGAAACACAAACUGAUCAACGCUGUGGAAAAUCUGGAGGAUUAUAUAUGCCAGAAACAUGAAAGACCUCUGGAUCUGUUCUGCAGAGAUGAUCAGACGAGUGUGUGUCUGUCCUGCACUGAAGGAGACCACAGGACUCACAACACUGUUCCUAUAGAGGAGGAGAAUCGAGAGAAGUUGGUUAAAAAAAAGACAGACGUACAGCAGAUGAUCCAGAACAAAAUGAAGAAGAUUCAAGAGAUCCAACAUUCAGUAGAACUGCAAAAAACGAACAUGGAGAAAGAGAAAUCAGCCAAUGUUGAGCUCUUCACUAAUCUGAUUCGCUCCAUUGAGAGAUGUCAGUCUGAGCUGCUGAAGAUGAUGGAGGAACAGCAGAAAGCAGCAGAGAAACAGGCUGAAGAUCUCAUUAAAGAGCUGCAGCAGGAAAUCACUGAUCUGAAGAAGAGAAACACUGAGCUGGAGCAGAUCUCACACACUGAUGAUCAUCUGCACCUCCUACAGAUGCACUCAUCCUUAUACAGUCGUCCACACAUCAAGAACUGGACUGAGAACAGUAUUGAUACUGAUGUGAAUGUGCUCCCUCUGCAUAGAGCUCUGACUCAACUGAAGAAAACACACAAGGCUCUAAAUAAAAAACUCAGUAAAUCAGGGUUGGGAUGGGCUCAGAAGUAUGCAGUGGAUGUGACUCUGGAUCCUGUUACAGCGAAUCCAUAUCUCAUCCUGUCUGAUGAUGGAAAACAAGUCAGUGUUGGAGAUAUUGAGCAGGACGUCCCAGUAAACCCAAAGAGAUUUGAUGACUAUUGUGUUCUGGCAAAGCAGGCAUUCAGUUCAGGAAGAUUUUACUAUGAGGUGCAGGUGAAGGGAAAGACUGGGUGGAGUUUAGGAGUGGCCAGAGAAUCCAUUAACAGGAAGGGGGACAUUAGUCCGAGUCCUGAGGAUGGGCUCUGGUCUAUGGUAUUGAUUAAUCAGAGGCAGUAUAUAGCUUGUGAUAAUCCAGCAGUCGGUUUCUCUCACAGAAGGACACCUGAGAAGGUGGGAGUGUUUGUGGAUUAUGAGGAGGGUCUGGUUUCUUUUUAUGAUGUGGGCUCCAGAUCUCAUAUCUACUCUUUCACUGGUCAGACUUUCACUGAGAAACUCUAUCCAUAUUUUGGCCCAGGCCAUAAUGAUAAAGGUAAAAACUCAAACCCACUUAUAAUUUCACCUGUCAGUUGAGACAAAGUGAUUUCCCUGAAAUAUGGAACAUCUCAAAACAUUAACUAUGCAUGUGCUGUUUGUUAAGGAACAGAAUAUGUAAAGCAAAACCAAAAAAGGAAUUCACAUUCCAAACUAAAAAUAUAUAUUUAUAAUUAGUUAAGCAAGUGUGGGCCUUCGGGGUACAGUGCUUCAAUGGUUGAAGCAAAUAGGAGUUACUCUGUCCGCCUCGGGCACCAUUCUUCCUCUGAUAAACAGUUAAGUUCUGGUGUCCCUCAGGGCUCUAUUCUUGGCCCAGUACUGUUUAAUCUCUACAUGCUACCUUUGGGUUCUAUUUUAUCUAGAUAUGGUGUAUCUUUUCAUCUGUACGCUGACGACACACAAAUUUAUCUGCCUAUAAAUCAUGACGAUAAACUUGGCUUUAAGCCUAAAUUAGACUGCUUAGACGAACUGAAACUUGCUAGUAAUUUCUUAAGUCUUAAUGAGAGCAAGACUGAAAUUAUCUUGUUUGGUUCAAAUGAUCACAGCAUUCAUGAUGUUGAUCUCGAUACUCUGUUACCUUACAGUACCACCUGUGUUCAGAAUCUGGGGGUUUUGCUUGAUAAAAGUCUUAAAUUUGCUAAUCAGAUAUGUCCUGUGGUUAGGUCUUGUUUCUAUCAUCUUCGUCUUUUAGCAAAAGUUAAGCCCUUUCUAUCUGGUAAGAAUCUUGAAACUGUCAUGCAUGCAUUUGUAACAUCUUGACUAGACUGUUGUAACUCUUUGUACAUUGGUGCCUCUCAGACUUGUGUCACACGCUUACAGUUAGUUCAAAGUCCCGCAGCCCGGCUCCUCAAAGGGAAGAGUAAAAGUGAUCAGAUUACACCAGUUCUGAUUUAGCUUUAUUGGUUACCGGUCAAAUACAGAAUUCAUUUCAAAGUUUUGUUAUUUGUUUUUAAGUCUUGGCGGACUGUACUACUGCAUCUGCCUUUUCAGUCUAGAUCACUUAGAUCUAGGGACUCUGAUUUACUAUAUGUUCCUAGAACCAGACUUAAAAACAGGGGUGAUGGUGCAUUUGCGGUCAUCGGUCCCAAGUUAUGGAAUAGCCUUCCAGCCUACAUCAGAUCUUUUUAUUUUUAUUGUUUCUCUAGUGCUUAAAUGUUUUCUGUCAUUAUUGUCUGUUUCUUUUGGCCUUGCAAAGCACUUUGGUCAACACCAGUUGUUUUUAAAUGUGCUAUACAAAUAAACUUGUAUUGUAUUGUA